CGACAAAACCACCCCUCCACCCCACUGGUAGCCGCGCUGCUGCCGAAUCGCAUUUCGACACACGCAUCACCAUGGGCCAGACACUCUCUGAGCCUGUUGUCGAGAAGCCGGUCUUGCAUUUGCGCCGCUGCCUCUAGAGCAGUGCCGACCGUCUCGUUCUCCAAAGGGCUGCCUUGGGGUUUUCGAAUUAUUCCUGGGUCGAAAUGGUCGCUGACGAAACGGGCACAACCCUUCUAGACAUCGGCGAAUGGCGGAGACAAACGGCUCUUCUACGGCCUGUCGGCCAUGCAGGGCUGGCGCAUAAGUAUGGAGGAUGCGCACACGGCGGAACUCGACCUGCUCGAGGAUAACCCGAAGGCCGCUAAGGAGCACGCCUCCCAACUCUCCUUCUUCGGCGUCUACGACGGCCAUGGCGGCAGCAACGUUGCGCUCUUCGCCGGCGAUAACAUCCACCGCAUCGUUGCAAAGCAAGACACGUUUAAGACGGGCAACUACGAACAGGCUCUCAAGGACGGUUUUUUGGCGACAGACAGAGCCAUUCUAAACGAUCCCAAGUACGAAGACGAGGUUUCAGGCUGUACAGCUUGCGUGGGAUUGAUCACCGAUGACAAGAUCUACAUUGCAAAUGCCGGCGACUCCAGAAGCGUGCUGGGCGUCAAGGGCCGAGCGAAACCCUUGUCAUUCGACCAUAAACCGCAAAAUGAAGGCGAAAAGGCACGGAUCACAGCUGCGGGCGGAUUUGUCGACUUCGGCCGCGUGAACGGAAACCUUGCCCUGUCGAGAGCGAUCGGAGAUUUCGAGUUCAAGAAGAGUGCCGAGCUGGCACCCGAGCAACAGAUUGUCACAGCCUAUCCCGAUGUUGUAGUCCACGAGAUCGGUGACGACGACGAGUUUCUCGUCGUUGCUUGCGAUGGUAUCUGGGAUUGCCAGUCUUCUCAAGCCGUGAUCGAGUUUGUCAGGCGUGGGGUCGCCGCCAAGCAAGACUUGGACAAGAUCUGCGAGAACAUGAUGGACAACUGUCUAGCAUCCAACUCAGAGACAGGCGGCGUGGGUUGUGAUAACAUGACCAUGAUCAUCAUUGGAUUCCUCAGGGGCCGGACCAAGGAGGAGUGGUACGAGGAGAUAGCCAAACGGGUUGCCAAUGGAGAUGGCCCUUGUGCUCCUCCCGAAUAUGCCGAAUUCCGGGGACCGGGUGUACACCACAACUUCGACGAGAGCGACAGCGCCUACGAUGUGGAGGAUCAGAAGCAGGGUAAGAGCUUUGGCAUCGGCGGCUACAAGGGGCGCGUCAUCUUCCUCGGUGACGGCACCGAGGUGCUGACCGACUCGGACGACGCCGAGAUGUUCGACAACUCGGAGGAGGAUAACGACCUCGUUAGCCAGGUCUCCAAGGGAACCUCGCAAGAGAGCGGCUCGGAGGAGAAGGCGGCCGGGGCGGAGGCUAACUCGUCGACGCCGGCGCAACAGCAGUCGGAAACGAAGCCGGCCGGGGACAGCAAGGCGGGCGAGAAGAACGGGGAUGCAUGAUGAAUGACGGAACGCUGGGGCUGAGGCGAAUGAAUCGCAACCCCUGAGACAUGAGAUCCUCUUUUUUAUACCAAUCUUCGUGGAACAAGCAUGAUGGUCAUACCAUACCAUACCAUACCCAUACCGCACCGGACCAGCCUGGCUUAUGUCCCAUGGUUAAAUGACGGUUUAUUGGGUUGGAUGGGUUGAAUGGAGGUCAGGCUGGGCCGUGGGUCGUAGGGAAAG